AUGAAAUUCCUCGCUGUCUUCGCCCUGAUCUUCGCUGUUAUUGCCUCUGUGUCGGCGCAAUACCACUAUGGAAUGGGAACCAACUACGCCCCAUACUACAGCCAAUACAAUUAUCAGCCAAGUGGACUGUUCUUGCCCAGAACCCCAGCCAUCUACGGCGCUGAUAACACUCGGUCAUUCGCUGUCUCUUUCGGCACUGGAAAUGGUCUGUAAGGAUACCAAAGAACGGGCUGUAAAUCUCAUGGAAACUCAAUCGUAUCUUCGCCAAUGUACGAGCAGCGACCCCACAAGGUACCGUGUAAAUUACUGUAUAUACAACUCCACAUAUCUUCACUCAAAUCAUCAGCAUUAACUUGAAACAUCUUGCAUACUAAGGCCCGUGUAAUUGUCUCAAAUUUUAUCCCGAGUCUUACAGUAAUUUCACAUCUUUUACUAUGCAAUAUAACCAGCAUAUAUUUAUGUUACAUUGUAAAUAUCUCCCUCAUUCCUCAACAAAUUUGAUCUCAGUUAUCUCCCAUUUGUUUAACCAGCAACUGCAAUUCUACUGUUCAUGGUUCAACCUUUUUUACACUCAAUAAAAAGUAUAAAACAAUUACUUUUGUGACUGCUGCUCGAAAGAAGAAAGAAAACAAUAAAACAAAUGGGUUGUAAAGCGGUUCAGAGAAAGUAAAAAGGCUUGAAUUAGACGCGCAAUUAAUGAUGACUCUAAUGAAUUUAUAUUUGGGAAGGUGAGAAACAAAUUCUUCAAGAAGAAUGGAGAGUAUAAGAACAAGCCUGAAAAGGGAAGAAACUGUAUUUAUUUUUGGAUAUAGCUGGCUCUGGAGAUGUUCAAAAUCCUCCAUUUUCGUCUGGUAUCAAAAUAUACUUGACAAUGAAGUUUCAACAUAAAUUUCGCAAUACUUCGUGUAAAGCUAGAAGCACGGCAAUUAUAAUACUAAAAAUUUUAGCCUCUCACUUUAACCAGACAGCCAAGUUUAGCCGUUUUUCAAAGACAAGAGUUUGCUCUAGAGAUCAGUGGUUCACAAUAGGAUACAAAAAAAUACGAAUGCUUUUUGCGUAGAAAAUCAGUUUCUUUUUAAAUGAGCUGUAUCCAAAAAAAAAAUACAGGUGUGCAAAAUCACUGCCAGGGAUCAUUUUUCGCUCAUUUCUGAUCUUCGCAUCUCCUAUCUUUACGCUAUCCCUUGCAAACUUUGUCGUCGCUGCUUCAGGGCAACACAAAGAAAUAUGGUGAUUUCCUGCCCACAAGUGUCCCACCUGACCGUAAAUGCCCCCCUGCCCGAAAACGUGGCCUCCCAGCAAGGUGGCUGCCCGCAAGUGCGUGUCCGCAUAAACUUUACUCACAAGGGAAGUCACUUUUUUCGCAGACGGACUUUGAAACGGGACCUAGUAGGUUUCAAACGUGAAGCGUCUGCGAUCAUAACACUGAUUUCCAAAAGUGUUUACGGCGCUUCUCGGCCGAGAAAAUCGACCGCAAAGUUUAGCCAAAAUGAGCGAAUAGCCUCCCCAAAAGAAACAGCUUAUUUCAUCUGCAGUGGUGGCCGAGUGGUCAGUGCGCUCGCUUUUUGCGCCAGAAGAGGCGGGUUCGAUCCUCUGCGCAGUUUAUUUUCUUUUUUGGUUCGUAAAUAUUGAUUUAGUAUGUAAACUUAUAAUGUAUACACUUUUUUAAUUUUUUUGCAGCAAUUUAAACAUAAAUUCAAAUCUGAAUGUUCAUGAAUAUUGUAAAGUCAAAACAGGCCUGGGUUAAUGAAGAUAUAGUUUCUAAAUUCGUGUUUUAUUAAAAAUUGCUAAUAGUUAGCACAUGCGAUGUUAACGGCAUUUCGCUAUUUACUUCAGUGGCCAAAAGAAAACCAUCCGCAGACGGCCGAAGUCGAACUCACGUCGUUUGGCGCAAAAAGCGAACGCGCUGACCACUUGGCCACCACUGCAGAUGAAAUAAGCUGUUUCUUUUGGGGAGGCUAUUCGCUCAUUUCGGCUAAACUUUGCGGUCGAUUUUCUCGGCCGAGAAGCCCCGUAAACACUUUUGGAAAUCAGUUUUAUGGUCGCAGGCGCUUCACGUUUGAAACCUACUAGAUCUCGUUCCAAAGUCCGUCUGCGAAAAAAGUGACUUCCCUUGUCAGGAACAAUAUUCUGUAAUUACGCCUGGUCCAAAAUUAGAGACAAAUUUUUAUAUAGCUUUCCCUCCUGAUCUCUCUGUAUUGUUUCAGACAGCAAGAGUUUCACAGAUUACUAAUCCCAAUGUUAUUUUGCAUAUCAAACGCGCUGGUCCUGCUAUACUCAUCCUACCCGACCCUUUUUUACUAUGAUGAAAAAAACAGUUUUUAAGCAAGUUGGAGAAGGAAGAGGGGUCAACUAAUCAAGCAAUGUUUCAAUGUGAGUAAUAGGUUUCCAUUAGAUCAACUGCGUGAUCAGAAUCAAAAUGACGCAGUUGUUUCCGAAAAGACCAGAGGGAAUACUGAGAUUACAAUAAGAAAUGUGAAAAUGGGGUUGCCUUACAGGUAAAGUCACAUGAACGACUUGCGGCUUCGAACUGCGCAGAAAAAAAUUCAGGAUAAAAGCGACACUCUAGCGACUUUUCGAACGGACUAUCCUUACAAGUUGUUCUCUAUUUCCUCAAAAUUGCAAUUACAGUGGAGGACCUGACCCAGUGGCAAAAAGCGUACCAUUUUGCAUCCGGGAAGUAUUAAAAAUGUGGCAAAAUGCUUCCCUCUCCAAGUGAAAAAACUCCGAUUUCAAAAACGCGCCUGCUCUUUUUGCGAGGUAAAUGGCGCGCCCUUCAAAACGAAGUUUUUUCACUUGGAGAGGGAAGUAUUUUGCCACAUUUUUGAUGUUUCCCGGAUGCAAAAUGGUACGUUUUUUGCCACUGGACCAGGUCCCCCACUGUAUUAUUUAAAAAUAUGGUUCAAAAAUCAAUGGGGCGUGAUCUUGAUCAACCCACAGUUAACACUCUAUACGUGACUAUAAAAACUUAUUAAGUCGUCGGGUCUUAACAUUUUAUGAAGCGCUAUUGCCAGUUCAUGCACUUUAUAUUUUCAAAACGGUGUACAACGGCUAUAAUUUCAACGUGUUUCUUGCUGCUAAUACCGAUUUUUUGGGAAGCCAAGAAUGAGAUUUUUUGCUCUUUUUACGAUUAUUAUGACCUGUGUCAGCGCAGCUCCUCAAUACCAAUAUCAAUACAAUGGAGUUAAUUCUUCGCCGUACUAUGGAGUUUAUCAAGCUCAGCCCAGCGGAUAUUAUGCUCCACGAUCGUAUGCGCCAGCUGCCGAUACUCGGGUGUUUGCAAUUUCUUUUGAGACGGGAAAUGGUUUAUAG